GUGACUGCUUGCACAACCAAUCUGCUUCACGAGUCGCCAUGGGCUCCCACGACCCACCACGCGACUCGCCUCGUCAUUCACUCCUGAAAUACCCCACGCAGCCGCCGUAGUCGAGAACUGUCGCCUUGUCCUUCUCGCGCGACUAGCUUGCCCUCUCCGUCCCCUCGCCGUUCCUACCCCUCGCCGUCCCUCUCUCGCCUUACUCUCCUCCCCUUCAACCUCUGCAGCUCGCUCGUGCUCGCACCAGUGGCUGACGCCUUUCCCCGCGAGCAACGUCCAGCAUGUGGGGCAUCGAGUGGACGCUCAGCCGCGUGCUCAACCUCGUCGUGCCGCCGCUGGGCCUGCUGCUGCUGCUCGCAUGGGCGCCCGUGCUCUUCGCGCUCAACUACGUCGUCCGCCUCUGGCGCUCCUUCUUCUCCUGGACUGCCGCGCGGGAUAAGACCGUGCUCAUCACGGGAGCAUCAUCGGGCAUCGGCGAGCAAAUCGCGUAUGAGUUUGCCCGCCGCGGGUCCCGCCUGGUGCUGUGCGCGCAGCGAGAGGGGCGGCUGGCCGAGGUGGCGCGGCGGUGCGGCAACAUGGGCGCGGAGGCCGUGAGGACCGUGGAGGGGGACGUGGCGAAGGAGGAGGACUGCCGCCGCAUGGUGGACGCCGCCAUCUCUCACUUCCGAACCUUGGAUUAUCUCGUGUGCAACGCGGGCAUUGGCCAUACCUUCCUCUUCAAAGAUGCUCAGAGCAUAGAGGCCAUGAGGCAAGUUAUGGACGUGGAUUUUUUUGGCAGUAUGUGGAUAACGCUGCAUGCCCUGCCUUACCUGCGAAGGGCUCGAGGUCAGAUCCUUGUGAAUGCGUCAAUUGGCGCCUUCCUGCCCAUGCCUCGCUUCAGCAUCUAUAAUGCUGCCAAGGCAGGGUUGACUCAAUUCUUUGAUACACUACGUGCGGAACCAGUUGGGGUAGAUGUGGGCAUCACAAUUGGAUUUCCUGGUGCUACCGCAUCUGAGCUAACGGCAGGGAAGACGCUGGAUGAGCUAGGUCGAUUGGUGGUGGACCAGGAGAGACGCGAUCUGUUACUUGGCCCUCAGCCCAUGCUGCGUACUUCUACAGUCGCGAAGGCACUGGUUGAUGGAGCAUGUUGUGGAGCCCGUUAUGUCCUCAUUCCUACCUGGUUUUCAGCUGCAUUGCUGUUUCGCUUGUUUGCACCAGAAGCUUUGGAAUUGACCCUACGGAUGAUGAUGCUGCCCCUGAUGAAAGGAACUACCCCACCAGCAAAAUAUUUGAUGGAUGCAGUGAAGGGUCGAGAGGUCUUUUAUCAUCCUCCUGCAACCAGUCAGGAGAAAGCUGAGACUGCUGUGUACAGGACAGGAGAGAACCGGAAGUGAAGUUGUUAUGGCGUUGUUGAAGUAAUAGCGAAUUUGACUACUUCCUUGUUGGGCUGAGAAAAGCCCUUAGGAUCUUUUCAGAGACUAAGUCCCAGUUGUACAAGAUACUUGAGUAGUGCAGCGGAAGUUGAGUAGUUGAA